UGUGUGAACAGGACUUUUAUUUUGGAGUGACGACAUGACGUCAUAAGACUGCGCCGCGCUCCUGCAUCUGCUGUGAUUCUGCUGAAGAAAGAUGGCGUUUAUUAAAGAGGAGACUGAAGACAUGAAGAUUGAUUUUAUUAAAGAGGAGAGGGAAGACAUGAAGAUUGAAGAAACAUUCAGAGUGAAACAUGAAGAUACUGAGGAACAAACAGACCCAAUGACACUGAAAGAAGCGAGUCAUGAACUCAAUGAAAAAGAAGAACAUUAUGAUAAACAUCACAAUUUCAUGACUGGGGAAAGAGUGACACAGGCUAAAAAGACUUUAUCACAAAAGAGAGCUCAAAAGACAGGAUAUACAAGUUAUUUCACCUGCCAACAGUGUGGAAUGAAUUUUGAUCAACAUAGAAACCUUCAAGUCCACUUGAGAGUUCACACUGGAGAAAAGCCUUACACUUGUCAACAAUGUGGACAGAGUUUUACUGUAAAAGGAAACCUUAUAGUCCACAUGAGAAUUCACACUGGAGAGAAACCUUUCACCUGCCAGCAAUGUGGAAAGAAUUUCAGACAUAAAGGAAACCUUAUAGUCCACAUGAGAAUUCACACGCGAGAGAAGGCUUACACCUGCCAACAGUGUGGCAAGAGUUUCACACAUAAAGGAAGCCUUGAAGUCCACAUGAGAACUCACACUGGAGAAAAGCCUUACACCUGUAAACAAUGUGGACAGAGUUUCAGUCAAAAAGGAAACCUUAUAGUCCACAUGAGAAUUCACACUGGAGAGAGCCCAUUCACCUGCCAACAGUGUGGAAAGAGAUUCAGUCAAAAAGGACACCUUAUAGCCCACAUGAGAACUCACACUAGAGAAAAGCCUUACACCUGCACUCUGUGUGGGAAUGGCUUCACACGGGAACUAAGCCUUAGGGAACACAUGAAUAUUCACACUGGAGAGAAGACAUUCAUAUGUGAUAAGUGUGGAAAGAGUUUCAGAUUUAAAGGUAACCUUAAGUGCCACAUGAGGAUUCACUCGAAAGAGAGCUGUUUUAGAAAUCAUCACUGUGGAAAGAGCAGAGGUGUAAAGAGUACCUGAAAACAAUACUUGAGUAAAAGUAGAUACCUCACAUCAAAAAUGACUCUUUUACAAGUUUCAAGUCACCAAAUCUAAUACAACUUGAGUAAAAGUCUUCGAGUAUCUGAUUUUAACUGUACUUAAAGCUGCUGUCUGUAACUUUUCUGUGUUCAAAAUGUACAAAAAUUAUAUAAUGAGAAUGUACAACAUGAAUCCAUUUUCCAAACUG